AUGGCAGUGCCAAUCUCUCCACAGCGGGCCGGACAUAUCGUUGCCCUGGAGGGCCCCUCCGAACUCGUCUCGACUCAGCUGCGUCUUCUGCCACCUUCUCAACAUCUCCUCAUCCUCCCCGGCCUUCAACAUUACUUGAGGGGAGCCAGCUCAGACACACCCUUCAAUCCCAGUGAGCUCAUCCACCGAUACCACACAGCUGCCCAGACUCGGCAUGCAAAGGCUCUCGAGUUCUUGCACCCUUCCGAGCCAGCAACCGAUAAUCGGAUCGUCUUCCUGCACGGCGGAACCAUGUCGGCCCAGGUGUCAUGUCUCUCAGCCAUCAUGGAGCACCAGACGGACGGGGAUAUCGAAGAGGCCUAUGCCACCUUCAUCCGGCUGGCGAGAAAUGGGGUUGCUAAGCUAUCGCCAACGACACUCUCAUAUCCAUCGACUUGCGAGUUAUCAGAGAACAUGGAACAGGAUGAGCCUCCAGAGCCGGAAGGGUCGAGCGAGGGGCAAGGACCGCCAGAUGCAUGGGCAGGGUGCAUGCAUGUCGCCGACGACGACAUCAUCGAGGACCGCAUCAUCCGGGCCAUGAGAGCAGCAGAUGCGCUUGACAAGGAGACCGAGUUCCUCCAACCCACGACUCCCAACGUGGACCUCACAGUCAAGCUGGUCGACAUCCCCUCGCGGUCCAAGAACCGGCCAGUUCCAAGUGCCGACGGAGCUUCCGAAACUCUUCGGCGUUCCAGAUCCGCCGACGCUAAGGCGUCUAUUUUAGCGGAACCCGCUCUCCACGUUUCACCUGAAACAAAACCGGCGGAAGAAGCCGACUUAACCGCGCAGCGAAAACCGCCGCUGAAGAUCCGCAUCCCGUCGCCGCCGAUCCCCUGGGUUGGUGAAGUUGCGGCCGGCAACGUCCAUCAGCUGCAGGGCCGAUCAUACGAACCUGCUUUCCACGUGACAACGCGGACGUUCAAGCCAAAUUUGUCGCCCACGCGGGAGUCAGAGAGCGAUCGCGCCCAUGACGAGACAUCCGGGGCCGGCCCAGACUCACAAGGCGAGUCCUUACCUCAGCAAGAGGCGGCCGUCGAUCCAAGCGAACCGGGGAUUGUGCAAGCAACUGAGACAGAGAGUGAACCUUUUGAGUCUGUGUUGCCAAUGCUGGAGGAUCUGGUCGUGUUUUACACCCAUGCGACAACAGACGACCUGCACGACUUUGUAGUGCGACGUCUGAGCGAAGUUUGCAAGACUCCACGAUUACCAAUAUCUGUCCCUGCGUCACCGGUCCAUGACGCUUUCCAAGGCAGAAGUCACUUGAUACUGGGGGAAGACCAGGAAGUCAACGACACCAGGUUUGAAGAUGAACAUACCAGCGGUGUCUCGCCGUGGCUAGGGAAGGACCUGGUCCAUGGCCUGCCCACACCAAACCACUCGCCGACGUCCUCGGACCUUACAUCCAAAGCCACGCCUUUUAGUACGAAAGUGUUCAGCAUCAGCAUGGAUGAAGAGACCGCCGUCUCCAUCCAGAACUUCCUGCGAUCGUACAUGGGCUCCCAAUUCGGCCUGCAAAACCAGCAUACUUCACCCACUAACAGUGCCGAGUUUCUGUCUGAAGGGGGCUUAUGGAGGCCCCUGAAAUGCGAUGGCCAGGUGGUUGAGCCUGACGGGAAGCCAAAGCUAGACUUGAUUCUGGCUGUCGGCGCCGAGACGGGGGUGAAGAAGGAACGUGUAUCGGAAGUUGUCGGGCAGAUCGAGAAACUUGGGUUCAAGACAAGCGGGGACUCACGGAGCGCCCGGUUACAUAUUCGGUUUCUCAUUGCCAAUGCUAUGCAGGCAUUCACUGCGCAGCCGUUGACGAAGCAGAUCCAGAGCAACCCCUUUGCCGACCGCGCCCUGCUCGCCGCCUUGAUCAUCCCGCAUCUCGAGACGUACCUGGAAACCCAUUCAAACGUCCGCUUCCUGCUCAUCGAGUACCCAUCAGAGCACCUCCCGACCGUGCUGGCCCUGCAGACUCUCAUCGGCGGCGAGAUGAUGAAAGUAGCGGGCAUCGUCAACAGCGAUGCGUCGACCCCGGGUCAGCCUCUAAAUUUGCUUGACGAGAACCGACUCCCCAGCGAGGGCUUCCGCUGUCUCAAUAGCCGGGAAUCAAGCAUAUCCGGCACUUUGGUGGAGCCCUGCUCCUUUUCGAAGGCCAAUUUUCUCCUGGCAUCCUCGGCCACCGGCAUCGAGACAACUGCUUUCCUCGCGGCGAUCCGCGAGAGUUUGAUUUCCGUGUCGGACUAUUACAGGCCCGAGCGCCCGUUUUAUAGACACCCAUCCUCCCAGUCCCCUCUACAGAAGGCUUACAGUAGUCUCCCCAUCGGCAGCAACUCCCACUCUUCACGGAAGAGAGCAUCCGACUCGACGUCGUUGAUGAUCACCCCGCCAUCCUCCCCAACCGAGUCGACACUACCCACGCGGCCAGAGCCGCAACCACGAUCCAACCACCGGAGCAUUCCGCCUCGUUCCGCCUCGAUCACAGCACCUUCAACAACAACACCCAGCAGGCAUCCUCAUACCACCCAUGCCAAAAGCGACGACGCGCCCAUGGACUCGCGCAUCCGCUGGGGCGAAGUCAACUACGCAGCCGCCCCUUCUUCUUCUUCUUCUUCUUCUUCUUCACCUCACUCCGUACCGUCGAGAACCGCCACCGCCAGCGGGAGCAGCAGUAGCCAUACCCAUACCCACAGCCGGCGCCAUCAGGAAAGAGACCCAAAGCCCCUUUCCCCGACAGCCGGGGAGGGGUUGGAAUACGAGGACGAUGAGGAUGAUGACGAUAUGCCUGACGAGGAAAUGAGGCGGCUGAUGCCGCUUUACUUGCGGCGGAGGGAGGAUGUUGAGAGGAUGCGGAGUACCAAGGCGUUCAAGUGGCUCGGCCUGGCUUGA